AGCUCAAAAACGUGUUUUUGUUGUUCAUGUUCCCGGGUAGCGCAGUUCGGUUCACUUGGCUUCCACGUUGAUUUAAUUUUCAGUUUAUUUCUAAUUUUGUGAUUUUUCAUCAUGAUCGGAACCAAAAAACGUUCCGCAAAUAGUGAAGCCACUAAGGUGACCAAAAAACCGAAAUUCGAAAAGAGUAAUGCUCCAGAAUCCAAGGCAAAGAGCUACACCAAAGCGAUCAGUGAAGUCGGUGAUGAUAAAAAAGGCAAGUUCCAAAAAAAGUUCACCACCGGAGGUGCUGGCGGAAAGAAGGAGGGAUUCAAGAAGGAUUUCAAGGGUAAACAUGGCAAUACUGAAGGCGAGGAGAAGAAGGUCUUCGUUGAAAACACUCCAGAAUCGAAACGUGAGUACUGGAAUAGUUUGAAGGCAAAACAAAAGGAAUUGCGCGAACAGCGGCGUAAAAAUAAAACCAAGGAUCUGUACGAGUUGAGCGUGGGAGUCAAACAGAUUUACGAGAAACUUAAAAGGAAAACGGCGGACAACAAGGAGAAAAUGGUAGCGGACUUACACGAAAAGCUAAACAAGGACAACACAUACAGCAGAAUCGCCACCAGCCAUGAUACGGCUCGGGUUAUUCAGUGUAUGAUCAAGAAUGCCUCGGAAGAUCUUCGCAUGCAGAUUGCGGAUAAGCUGAUUCCGGAUCUUUAUGAGCUAUCCACAUCCAAGUACGGCCAUCACUGCGUUACCAGCCUUUUGAAGAACGGCACAAAGCCGUUGUGGGCGAAGGUCGUUGACGGAAUGAUCAAACACGUGGUAAAAAUGGCCAAUCAUACGUUCUCCGGUGCGAUUGUAGAUUCGGUGUACAACGAAUAUGCUACCACUGAGCAGAAGACAUUCAUGAGGCAGGCAUUCUAUUCGGAAAUCUAUCAGCAAACCAAGGACAAAAAUGUCACUUGUAUGAAGGACACUUGGGAGACGAAUGCCUACAUGAAGAAAACAGUCCUUUCGACGGUCAAAGGUCACCUGGUUCAGGCGGCUAACAAACAACUGACCGACAAUGCUCUGCUUCACACGCUGCUGAUGGACUUCCUCCAGUCAGCCGGAGAGGUCGAGCGCAAUGAAGUUAUCGAGUUAUAUCUUCCACAUUUGGCCGCAAUCUCCAGUACAAAGGAUGGCACGUCGGCUGCCAUAUUCUGCUUCCUCAACUCGGUGGUAAAGGACCGACGUGCCGCCUUGAAAACCCUGAAGCAGUUCGUCGAAAAGCUGAGCGUUCACGAGCACGGUCACCGGCUAGUGUUGUGCAUUUUGAACUGCUACGACGACACCGUAAUUCUGGGCAAGCAAGUGGUAUCGGUUAUCAUGGAGCACGUGGAAGCCAUAGUCGGCAGUGGCGAGUGGGGCCGAAAGGUGGUUGGUUGGAUUUUCUCCCCCGCCGAUAAGGAUCUGAUCCAUCCGACGCAGAUCGACAUUCUGGAUGGGUAUCUGGUGCACAGCAAAAAGGACAAGGAAAUCCGUCGGAAAGAGGUGUUUGCUUCGGCAGUUGGAGCUUUCAGUACGGCGGUGGAGAGUAAUGCACCCUUUUGGUUGAGAGGUGGACACACGGCUCUGCUGACGGCGGCGAUUGUGAAAAAUCUAACGGGAGAACAUCUUCGUAAGGUACACUUAGGAUUGGCUAAGGUGGUGACGGAUCCGGAGUGGCAAGUUCAAGAAAACGAAGUGAAUCUGGAGGGAGCGGUAAUGCAGCCGAAGGAGGAAAAGGCAGCCAAUGGAGCUGAUGGCAAAAAAACGGGCAGAAUAAGGAAGAUAAAAAAGAGUCCGUUUGCAGAGGAUAAGGAAAAAGCCCGUGAAAAGCAGCUUGCCGCAAAUCCUUUGAUCGAUGGUGUGGAGCACGCGGGAGUGCACAUUGCUUUGAAAAAGCUCAUCAAACUUGAUAAGGAAAAACUCCUAGAGGACGAAAACAGCUCUCAGUUCGGCAGUGCCGUGCUUGACAACCUAACCGACGAAGUGAUCAAGUCUUGGAUUAGACAGAAUCGGCCGUGCUUUUUGCUGUUGCUGAUAUUCGAAAACUCUUCCGAAGCCAUUCAAAAGCAACUAAAGCAGAAACUGAAAUCAGUCAAGACUGAUCUCAAGAAACAAACUCACACGGGAGCGAAACUUUUAAUUGAAAAGUUGAAAUUGUAGUUCAUAAUAGAUAAAUAAAAAUAUAUUUAAAAUCUA